AUGGAUCUAGCAUACGACCACGUCCAGGAGAGCACUCUCCCCACGCACGACGAUAAGAAGAAGGACGGCUCCAAGGACCCCAAGAAUGACCAGCCGCAGGCCUCGCUGAACGAGGACCUCCAGGAGGCCUACAAGGCUCUCUCCACGAGCGCCUGGGGCAUGCGGAUCGGCGGCUUCUUGGGGAACGCAGUGAAGCAGGGGCAAUCCGUCUACAAGGAAGCGUCCAAGGAGGUCACGGAGCUCGGUGGAGAUGCUGCCAAGGGCUUCACAUCCAUCAUCAACCGCACGCGGUCCCUCACCAUCAACACCACCGAAGGCGAGGCUUCCGGAGAUAAGGGCAAGGAGACCGACGAGACGACGCCGACCAAGACGAGGGGACAAGCCUCCGACGAGGCCAUGAGCAACUCGGAAAACUACAUGACCAAGAUCCGCGCCGAGGCAGCAAGGAGGCUCAAGGAGCUGCAAAAGGCGGAGGACGCGGCCGACGAGGCCCUCCUCCGCUUCGGCACCAACAUCAGCAACUUCCUCAAAGAGGCGGUCAGCAUCGCACCGCCCUCCGACUCGAACAACCAGGGUCGAACCGUCUUAUUCGAGAGCAAGGACGCGCAGGGCAAGCGGGUCAUUCACACCUCGAGACAGGACGCGCAGCUUCACGUUAUCCACACGAGCACGGAGAGCUUCACAAAGGACCCCGCGACGGAAGAGUUCGCGACAUGGGGCAAGACAUUCGACGUGGAGAAGAAGACGGAAGACAUUAGCAACGACCUGAAGCAGUACCCCGAGCUGCGCACGACGAUGGAGAAGCUGGUGCCCGACCAGGUCCCGUAUGCUGAAUUCUGGAAGAGAUACUACUUCCUUAGACACGGUAUCGAGGCCGCCGAGGCCCGGCGCCGGGACCUUCUCAAGGCCGCAUCCGCCGAAGACGAAGUCAGCUGGGACGACGACUCCUCCGAGUCCUCAGAAGAGGAGUCCUCCGAGGAAGACUCCGACGACGAGGCCGCCCCCGCUACCGCCUCCAAGACCGAGCAGAAGAAGCCCGUCCGCCCGCCAUCGACCGAGUCCUCCACCACCAUCCAGCCCCCUGUCCAGGCCUCCCAGACCACCCUCAAGCCCGCCGAAUCCCGCAAGUCCAACGACGAGAAGUCCCAGCCCGAUAGCGACACCAGCUACGACGUCGUGGGUGACAAGUCGGGCGUGCCCAGCCGAGCCCCCAACAGCCCCAAGGGGCGCGAGAAGGCCGACGACAGCGAUGACGAGGACUGGGAGUAG